GGCAGGUGGUCAGCUUACGCCACGUUAGCUUUACGCAGCUUGUGGAGGCCGCUCAAAGUUUUGAAGGGUGGCGCAGAAGAAAGACCGGCAGGGGGACAUUUUCUUACUCAGCACCGACAAAGAACCCGAUGGGGAAGAAACACGAAAGCGGAAGGAGUAAGUCCCGUGCCACAUCCAUGUCUGCUAGCAACAAACCUCGUCCGUCAACUGCCCAAGUGAAAAGUGUCCCGUUAUGCUCCUUUUGCGGGAAACACCAUAUGGGGGAGUGUAGAAGAGCCUCCGGAGCUUGUUUUAGGUGUGGCCAGAUGGGUCACAUGCUUAGAGAGUGUCCAUCACUUGCCACAGGUAAUGCUUCAUCGGCUCCAGCCCGCCCUAUGCAGCCUCCACAGAGGAGGGGGCAAAAUCAUAAUCAAGGAAAUACCACCAACAACUCUGAAACUGUGAACCGGCCACAACAAGGUCGCCCCCAGGCACGGACCUAUGCGAUGCAAGCUAGGGAGGAGCAACCGGAAAAUGAUGUCAUCAUUGGUUGAGCACGGAACCCGCUAGGAGCACAGGGAUGGAAAGAGGCGUAGGACGCAUUUGCAUGCCAUGUUAUUUGGUGUUUUUUUUUAUAAAGGACUUUAUUAUGUCAUAUGUGAUUAUAAGAACUUCCGCUGCACUCCUUGAAGUGUUUUAUGAUGUUUAAGUUAUGUCUGUUUUAAUAACAUUCUACUCCAUGUGAGUUUGACAUUUUCUGGUAUUUAGUAAUGA